AAACAGGCGGGAUCGCGCGCGCUGCGAGAGGCGAGGAGCAUAGCAGAAAGGCGGGCGCGCUCUCUGUAGGGUUGUCCCCGGGUCAGAAUUGUUUGAGGGGUGGCGGUGAAAUUCGCCGAGACAGAUGUGCCAGCGGUACACACAGUAGUACAGCACGUCUUAGCGGAUUUGUAGGUCGAGCGGAAUUUGGACACCGCCUGGACUGUUGGAGCUCGCCGGUGAAACAUCCCUGGUUCACAGGUUGCUGAGAGAGAGAGAGGACUGUCCCCGGUCUGGUAUCGUAUUGUCUUCGUUGUCAGCUCGCACCGAUGGAUUGCAAAUAGUUGUUCGAUUGGGCGGGCAAACAACAGACGGAGCCGGCGGGCCGGGAUGAAAGCCUCGUGAAGCAACGAGAGGGAGAGAGAGACUGCGAGAGAGGGACAGGAAGAGAUACCGUGAGCGAGCCGUGUGAGCGCGCCGUGUAUGUGAGCUCGUGAAGAGUGUAGGGUGUGUGUGAGGAGCCGACCCGGAAGAGAGAUGGAAAUGUUUCGCGGCGUCGUUGUUGCUGUUGUUGUUGUACUGUGGGUGUGUUUGUGCGGUGUACGGUACGUGCACGGAGACUGUCGCGACCGCCCCGAGCCCCAGUGUUGCACGGGACGGGACGCUUUCUGUCACAACUACGGCCUCAGGACAGACAAUCGCUACGGCCCCUGCUACUGCGACGAAGCCUGUACCUCUCAGCAAGACUGCUGCCGAGACUAUAACUGGAUAUGUAUCCCCGUGGACUGUGAGGUCGGGGAGUGGUCGGGUUGGUCCGCCUGCACCAGUUCGUGCGACAUCGGGUUCGCCGAGCGGCGGCGACGGGUGAGGAAGGAGCCGAAGAACGGCGGCAAGGCGUGCCCUCCCGAGGUGGAGAGACGAGGCUGUUACGCCUGGGACGCACGGAGAUGUGAUCCAGCCACAGAUGUUGCCUUGCUCACCCCAGCCGAGUUUAGCCGCGAUCAGUACCCAGACUUCAGACCCAAAAGAGUCAUCAACACUAGGAAGAGCUACUGUGUGUUCUUCUACAUGAACGAGGUCCCGACCACCUGUAUCCUCCACCGGCAGGCGGGGCAGUGGACCCACGCGCUGCAGCCGCGCUCCACGGUGUGUGUGGAGUGUCAGCCCGCCGCCAUGGACAGGAACGGCCGCUGCUCGGGGGACGGCGUGGACGACGGCUCGACCCUGUGGAAGGCCAUGGGCGUGACGGGGUGCCAGGGCUCGUGGCUGCGCGCCGAGAAGAGAGACGACUGCAACUGUGGAGACAGACCCGGCACGGAUUUCCUGUUCGUGUGAUGCUCGAGCUCUCACAAACGUGAACAAAACAAAAGUGUGAUUUUUCUCUGUACGUUUUUAUCAGCACUUUGUUUUCGUUGAAACCCAUUUGCGUUGAUACAUGAAAUGGUUAAACCUUCGAUCCAACUCAAGGACAAAUGAGCCUAGAACUGGACGAAUGUACUCAGUCCUGACGUCACGUCAUUCCAGAAAGUCACGUGACAUUUCCAGAAAGUCACGUGUCAGAUGUGAGUGGGUCAGUAUUCCAGAAGAAGACCGAUUCGUGCAUUUGUACUGGUGAAAUAUGUUUGAUUGUGUUGAAACAAAAUUUUAAAAUUGAAUUCCUUUUUGUAUUCUUUUUCUCUCCACGUACAUGGUGAAGACGUUCAAUAUGUCAUAUUUCCUGGGUGCUUUUAAAGAUCGAAAUGACAUUUUUAUUGUUCUAUUGAAGUAUCACAAUGAUAUGAAUAAGACCGGUUGCUCAAUGUUAUUUCUGUUAGUGUGUAAACUACCACCUGGUCUGCGUUUACAGCUUCAAGUGGUAUUUCCGUGAAUUCUGUGAUUUCUCAAAUUAAUAUGUGGAUUGUUCAGCUAGAUGUGAAGUAUCCUUGCACUAUAAUUAGUGAUUCACGUGUUGACAAUGUGGCAUAAUUGGUCAAUUUGUUGUUUUUUUUUAAUUGUAUCGCUUUUUGACCGCCUAUGUUUCGAGGGUCGGCUGUCAGCAAAUGUUGUAAAUCCUUUCUCUACAUCGUCUUGAAGAUUAUAAAAUCGUCCCAAAGCCAUAAAUAAUAUGCACUCACAAUCCCUUCAUCUGUAUAAUGGAGUCGUCUGUUCGACUGAAGUUGCACCAAUGGGACGUGCAGGUAAUUUUUGAUUGAAUACGACUGUUAUUACCUAUAUAUGUUGCCUAUGUAAUCAUAUACACACCGAGGUUCUUUUCAUACCCUUAUAAAUGUUACAUACGUUUGAUAAUGGAAUUCGAAGUUUGAAUCAGUUAGAUUAGAAAAUGGGAGUUUUACAUGUAUUUAUUCUUU